AUGGAUAGCCACCACAAAGCAUAUCAUAGGCGCGAGCUUUGCGAAAUUCUUAUAGGCCUCGACACAGAAUGGUGUUUACCUAGUGAAUCUAAUGGUCGUCAAAAAGUUGCCAUUAUUCAACUUUGUGUAGGAGAAAGAUGUCUUAUAUUACAACUUUGUCAUGCAGACUCCAUUCCAUUAUCUCUAAUCAAUUUUCUUGGCGACGAGAAAUUCACUUUUGUUGGUAAAGAAGUAUGGAACGAUGCAAAUAAGCGUUCUGAAGGUUAUGGGGUUCAUGUUGCACGGACUAAAGAUAUGGGUCAUUGGGCUUCAGAGAAAUAUAAUGAUAGAGAUAUUAGAAAAAUGGGGUUGAAAGCUUUAGUUAGACAAUUCCUUCAAAAAGAGAUUCCAAAACCUAAAGAAAUUACAAUUAGUGAAUGGAAUGCUAAGGAGCUUAGACUUGAACAAAUUGAGUAUGCAUGUUUGGAUGCUUUUGUUUCGUGGGAAUAAGGGAUUUUCUGA